AAGUUCGUCUUUUUAAUUUCAUUUCAACAGCUCUCUAGCUAUAUCAGAGUUGCUUUUCCUUUCUCCCCCGUUUGUUCUCCUUCUGUCUCCGACCUCCAUCUCGAAGAUGGGUAGCUUCGCUUUUGUUGCCUCCCUCUUCGCCCUUCUUUUUCUUCUCAUCCCUUAUGGGCAAUCUUUUUAUCUCCCAGGUGUCGCUCCUCGCGAUUUCAACAAGGGUGAUCCCCUUCAAGUCAAAGUGAACAAGCUUUCAUCCACCAAGACACAACUUCCUUAUGAUUAUUAUUUCCUGACGUAUUGCAAGCCUACCAAAAUUAUGAACAGCGCAGAAAAUUUAGGAGAGGUUCUCCGAGGUGAUCGCAUUGAGAACUCUGUCUAUACUUUUGAAAUGAGAAAGGAAGAGUCAUGCAAGAUAGCCUGCCGAGUAAAGCUUGAUGCUGAAUCUGCAAAGAAUUUUAAGGAGAAAAUUGAUGAUGAAUAUCGUGUGAACAUGAUUUUGGAUAACCUUCCUGUUGCAGUACCUCGUCAAAGAAGGGAUGGAAGCCCGUCAACUACUUAUGAACAUGGUUUUCGUGUUGGAUUUAAAGGAUCCUAUACUGGGAGCAAAACUGAGAAAUAUUUUAUCAAUAACCACUUGAGCUUCAGAGUCAUGUAUCACAAGGACCUAGAGACUGAUUCUGCUCGCAUAGUUGGCUUUGAGGUUGCUCCAAUCAGUAUCAAUCACGAGUACAAGGUUUGGGAUGAUAAGAACACUCAAUUGGUAACAUGCACCAAAAAUAUUAUUCAAGGUAGUACUGUUCCGCAGGAGAUUGAAGCAGACAAGGAGAUUGUAUUCACAUAUGAUGUUUCUUUCAAGCCCAGUGAAGUCAAGUGGGCAUCUCGUUGGGAUACCUAUCUCCUUAUGAAUGACGAUCAAAUCCACUGGUUCUCCAUUAUCAAUUCUCUGAUGAUUGUCCUCUUCCUUUCUGGUAUGGUGGCUAUGAUAAUGAUGAGAACUCUCUAUAGAGAUAUUGCCAAUUAUAAUCAGUUGGAGACCCAGGAUGAAGCCCAAGAGGAAACAGGGUGGAAGCUUGUGCAUGGAGAUGUUUUCAGACCCCCCAUUAAUUCUGGUUUACUCUGUGUCUAUAUUGGGACGGGGGUCCAGAUCUUUGGAAUGACACUUGUUACAAUGAUUUUCGCAUUACUGGGUUUCCUGUCACCUUCAAACCGAGGGGGGCUUAUGACUGCCAUGGUUCUCUUGUGGGUUUUCAUGGGCUUGUUUGCAGGUUACUCCUCAGCUCGCUUGUAUAAGAUGUUCAAGGGCACAGAAUGGAAGAGGAAUACUUUGAAAACUGCAUUCAUGUUUCCUGGUAUACUUUUUGCGAUCUUCUUUGUGCUGAAUGCACUCAUAUGGGGAGAGCAGUCUUCAGGUGCAUUGCCCUUUGGUACCAUGUUUGCUCUUGUAUUCUUAUGGUUUGGUAUAUCAGUACCGUUGGUUUUUGUGGGUAGUUAUUUGGGUUUCAAAAAACCAGCUAUCGACGACCCAGUGAAGACUAACAAGAUCCCAAGACAGAUACCAGAACAGGCCUGGUACAUGAAACCUGUCUUUUCUAUACUUAUUGGAGGCAUACUUCCCUUUGGAGCAGUCUUUAUUGAACUUUUUUUCAUCUUGACGUCAAUAUGGUUGAACCAGUUCUACUACAUCUUCGGCUUCCUAUUCAUAGUCUUCGUCAUACUUCUAAUCACUUGCGCUGAGAUAACAAUAGUGCUCUGCUACUUCCAGUUGUGCAGUGAAGACUACCAUUGGUGGUGGAGAGCCUAUUUGACUGCUGGAUCCUCUGCUCUCUAUCUUUUCCUCUACUCAGUGUUCUACUUCUUCACCAAGUUGGAAAUAUCGAAGCUGGUGUCAGGCAUUCUUUACUUUGGGUACAUGUUGCUUGGUUCCUAUGCAUUCUUUGUCUUGACGGGAACAAUUGGCUUCUAUGCGUGCUUCUGGUUUGUUCGGAAGAUUUACUCGUCGGUUAAAAUUGACUGAAUACAGACUCAGUGGAUGCAUAUCAUUAAGUACCAAAAAUGAGGUUUGAAGUUGAGGCUUGGGAGAGGAAGGGGAAAAAAUGUGCUCGUCAGCUGUGUAGUACAGACUGCAUGUGUAGUUUUGACUACUUCCUGCUGGAGAAUUUUCUGCUGAUCUCUCCAGACUCUCAUUUUGCAGAUGGUAGCGUAGGACGUUGGCUUGUACCUUUCUGUUUCUUAGCCUUUUAUUACUUUGUUUUAUAGCUUUUUUUCUUGUUGGGGGUGGGGGUUUGCGAACUGUAUUUUUUAUUAGCUUCUGCUCAAGAAGCUUACAAAGCUAUUCUCCUGGAAAUGAUUGGAAAUGUUGUUAACCUUUUAGGAUGGAUCAUGUUGAUGUCUGAAUAUAAGCACGCAACCUGCUGAGUAUUUUAGUUUUUUUGCUC